AUGAGUCUAUUUCGGGCCACUGUUAAGUGUCUUAUCAGUAUUGCCAAGUGCAAUACCAAAGAUACUGAGCUAGCACUGCAGGCCUACAAGUUUACAAUGAACAACAAGCUGUCACGUAUCACCAGGCAGCCAGCUCCCAUCUGCCUAGUUACAGUCAAGUGCAUGCUUUAUCUCACCCUCUCACGUGUGCGCGAAACGCCACCGCAUUGGUCAUUUCAGACCGGGGGAAGUUGUUUUUGUUAUAAUUCAGGAAGAACCCUACUCAUUUCAAAAAUAGGUGGGGAUUUUUGUCAGAAUUACAUUAUUUUGAAAGGAAAUUAUUAUAAACUUGAGCACUUAUCGAGUGUGGAUAGCGAGCUCCUGUGUCGAGCAAAUAGAUACAUCUCCCAUCACCUGCCAAUUCAUCACCAUUCCAGCCCAGCCACCCCACCUGUGUGGUCGGACCAGGUCUGGCCCGUUGGCAUGGCGAUGAUGGAGGAAGGGGCGCGGAGCUGCCUGCUUCAGUCACGCUCCAGCCUGGAGCAGGACAUCAGGGCUUCCUACCUGAUGGAUCACAUGAUCAGUGACGGUGUGCUGACGGGGGACGAGGAGGACAGGAUCAGGAGCAAGCCCACCAGGAGAGAGCAGGCGGCGGCCCUGCUGGAGCUGCUCCUGAGGAAGGAUAACCAGGCCUACAUCUCCUUCUACAAUGCCCUGGUCCGCGAGAGCUACGGAGACCUGGCCAGCCUGCUCCACAACAGCCUGCCCCUGGUCUCCCCUGAGGCUGAGAAGAGCUUCUCAGAUGGUGGCACCCGCUAUGUCCAGGCGGUGCUGAGUGAGGGCGGCGUGCCCCAGAGACCUGUGGUGUUUGUGAGCCGGCCAGCCCUGAUGAACCGGGUCAGGGAGAAGCUCUACCGCUUGCAGAAGGAGCCCGGCUGGGUCACUGUGUUCGGCAUGGCCGGCUCCGGCAAGUCUGUCUUGGCUGCGGAGGCAGUCCGAGACCACGCACUCAUCACAGAGUGUUUUCCAGGAGGAGUCCACUGGCUGUCCAUAGGCCAGCUGGACCGGUCUGACCUGCUGGUUAGGAUCCAGUCACUGUGUUUCCGCCUGGAGCAGCAGAGCCAGGAGAAAGACCCCUCGUCCUCCCUCCACCGGCCUCCUGGCUCUCUGGAAGAGGCCAAGGAGCGACUACGCUUCCUCAUGCACCGUCGUUACCCCAGGUCGUUGCUGAUACUGGAUGACAUCUGGGACAGCUCGGUGCUCAAGGCCUUUGACAUACAGUGUCGAGUACUGCUCACCACCCGAGACAGAAGCCUAGCCGACUGUGUCAGCGGUCCUAAGUCUGAGGUGGCAGUGGAGAGUGGUCUGGAGGAGGGUCAGGCCUUGGAGAUCCUCGCCCUGUAUGUCAACAGGAAACCCCAGAGACUCCCAGAACAGGCCCGCAGCAUUGUCCGAGAGUGCAAAGGCUCUCCCUUGGUGGUGUCCCUAAUCGGGGCCCUGCUGCGGGAGUUCCCGGACCGCUGGGCCUACUACCUGCACACGCUCCAGCAGAAGAAGUUCAAGCGUAUCCGUAAGUCGUCUUCGUAUGACUACGAUGCCCUUGACCAGGCCAUGGCUGCCAGCAUCCAGGUCCUGUCUGAGGAACACAGGGAGCUGUACAUUGACCUCACCGUGCUGGAGAAGGACGUCAAAGUACCUGCCAAGGUUCUGUCAGUUCUGUGGGAUCUAGAACCGGAGGAGGUGGAGGACGUUCUCCAGGACUUUGUGAACAAGUCCCUACUGUUCCGUGAUUGUCACCACCGGCCCUACCUCUACUACCUCCACGACCUCCAGCUGGACUUCCUGGCUGAGAUGAACCGCUCUGGCCUAGAGAGCCUCCACACCAAGGUGGUGCGUCAGUACCAGCAGCGCUACAGCAAGGGUCCCCCCACCUCAGGAGAUGAAGAGUGCCUCUACUGGUUCAGAUUCCUCACCUACCACAUGGCCAAGGCCAACCUCACACAGGAGUUGUACUCUCUGAUGUUCUCUCUGGACUGGGUCAGAACUAAAGCUCAGAUUAUGGGACCGGCUCAUCUCAUCAAUGACUAUUUGGAGUACAGCACCAUACUGGACAAAGAGAACAGCGAGGUGCGGGGCCACUUCCAGGAGUUCCUGUCUCUGAACGGCCACCAGUUGGAGCAGCGUCCGUUCCCUGACGUAGUGCAGCUGGCCCUUUCCCAGCCAGACUCCUCUGAGGUGUACCGCCAGGCCCUGCUGCAGGCGCAGGAGAGGGCCACCAGAGGGGGACUCUACCUUGACUGGGUGAACAAAAGUAGUCUGAAGAGCCUGUCUCGUCUGGUGGUCCAGCCCCACCAGGGAUCCAUCUACUCUGCCUGCUUCUCCCACGACGGCACCAAGAUCGCUUCCUGUGGCUCCAGCAAGACACUGCGAGUGUUUAAGAGCACGUCUGGGGAGAAGCUGCUGGAGAUCCAGGCUCACGACGAUGAGGUGCUCUGCUGCGCCUUCUCCCCGGAUGACCAUCUCCUAGCAACCUGCUCCAGUGAUAGGAAGGUCAAGGUUUGGAAUGUGGAGCGUGGGACUCUGAUGAGGAUGUUUGAGGACGAACACGAGGAGCAGGUCAACCACUGUCAGUUCACCAACACACGCCGACGCCUCCUACUGGCCACCUGUUCCAACGACAAGUUCAUGAACACCAAGCUGUGGAACAUCAAUAAACCCUCUUCCCAGAACACCAUGUUUGGUCAUUUGGAGCCUGUCAAUCACUGCUGUUUCUCCCCUGAUGACGCCUACCUCUCCACCUCUUCCAGCGACGGAACCCUGAAGCUGUGGGAGGUGUCCUCGGCUAAUGAGUGGAAGUCCAUAGACGUGGCGGACAUGUUCCCGGAGCAGAGAGAGCAGACGGAGGUCAUGGUGAAGUGCAGCACCUGGUCAGCAGGCGGCAGGACCAUCAUCUGUGCUGCCAGGAACGCAGUCUUUGUGUUUGAUGUAGAGACGGCGGCCAUGUUGUUGGAGAUCCGGACCAGUCGUCUGAGCACGGUUCAGUACUGUCACGCCUGCCCCAGCAGUAACCUGGUGGCCAUCGCACUGUCACACUAUGCUGUGGAGCUGUGGGACAUAGAGACCAGUAAGAAGAUGGCUGACUGUAGUGGUCAUCUGAGCUGGGUCCAUGGAGUCCAGUUCUCCCCUGACGGAUCUCUACUGCUCUCCUGUUCUGACGACCAGACCAUCAGGGUGUGGGAGACUAAUAAAGUCCACACCUCCUCGGCUGUCUGUCUGAAGAGGGAUUCUGACGUGCUCUUUAACAACGGUGACAUUACUGUGGUCGCCGCCGACAACCGCAACAGACUGCAGGUGAGGAAUGGGAGGACCGGAGCGGUGAUGUUCCAGUCAGAGAACCAGGAGUCUCGUAUCCGCUGCACUGCGAUCUGCUCACAGACCUCAGCUGUGGGGCUGGGACGAGAGGAUGGGACGAUACAGGCAGGAGGGAAGACGGUUAGGCAGGUACUGAGGACCAUUGGAUGGAGGACUCUACAGCGGCUGACCCCUCACAGGGGCUUGUUGCUGGCGCUAGGGCUAGAAACAGGCAGUGUGCAGGUGUUGGAGGUGCCGUCGGGGACCUCUCUAGCCACUCUUCAGGGUCACACCAGGGCAGUUCUCCACUGCCAGUUCACCCCGGAGGGACACACACUCAUCACCUCCUCUGAGGACACCACCAUACGGGUGUGGAGGUGGAGGACAUGUGAGUGUGUGGUUCUGGAGGGCCACAAGGAGCAGGUCAGAUGCUUCUCUCUGCUCACCACCACACCCUCCUCAGAGACACAUCUCCUCAGCUGGUCAUUUGACGGCACCAUCAAGGUGUGGGACAUGUCUAGUGGUGAACGGCUGCAGGACCUAGUGUGUCACCAGGGGGCGGUGCUAGCCUGUGACAUGUCGCCUGACGGACAGCUCUUCGCCACCACCUCUGCUGACAAGACUGCCAAGGUGUGGAGCAGUGCAUCGUGGGAGUGCGUGCGCCUGUUGAACGGCCACCAGGACUGUGUCCGCAGCUGCCGCUUUUCUUGGGACGGCCGGCGCCUAGCAACCGGCGACGACAACGGAGAGAUACGGCUGUGGAACGUGAAGGAUGGUACUCUGCUUAAGAUCUGUUCCCGUGACAACAAGGACGCCAUGGACUCUCUGCACGGAGGCUGGGUGACCGACCUGCACUUCUCCCCAGACAACACUGUGCUGCUGUCUACAGGAGGAUACAUUAAGUGGUGGAACGUGGAGAAAGGAGAGGCCCUCCAGACCUUCUACCCGACAGGAGCCAAUCUGAAAAGGAUCCACGUGUCACCUGACUUCUCCACCUUCGUCACCAUCGACAAUAUCGGAAUCCUCUACAUCCUUAAGAAGGUGGAAUGAGAGGGAGGCAUAGCUCAUUAGACUAAUGAGCUAUAAGGAAACCACUUUAGACUAAAGGGGGCGUAGCUCAAUAAUGGAAAUAGUUCUCGUCUCCUAUCCUUGCAUUGAUCUGAAAGAGCCAGACAGGUGAGAGCCAAUGUCUGUUAGUCAUCUGCCAUGUUGCUUUAGCCUGCAUUCUCAGAUCAGAGUAGGUGAAGAACAGGAGAUCUGCUAAAGGACAAUCAUUUCUCCUGCUCUGCCUUCUGCAUGCCAUAACAGUCAAACAGUCACAACAAACUACAUCAUUUCUCCUGCUCUGCCUUCUGCAUGCCACAACAGUCAGUCACAACAAACUACAUCAUUUCUCCUGCUCUGCCUUCUGCAUGCCACAACAGUCAAACAGUCACAACAAACUACAUCAUUUCUCCUGCUCUGCCUUCUGCAUGCCACAACAGUCAAACAGUCACAACAAACUACAUCAUUUCUCCUGCUCUGCCUUCUGCAUGCCACAACAGUCAAACAGUCACAACAAACUACAUCAUUUCUCCUGCUCUGCCUUCUGCAUGCCACAACAGUCAAACAGUCACAACAAACUACAUCAUUUCUCCUGCUCUGCCUUCUGCAUGCCACAACAGUCAAACAGUCACAACAAACUACAUCAUUUCUCCUGCUCUGCCUUCUGCAUGCCAUAACAGUCAAACAGUCACAACAAACUACAUCAUUUCUCCUGCUCUGCCUUCUGCAUGCCACAACAGUCAAACA